AUGGAGCAGGAGAAUGAAAUGGACCAGGGGGGUGACAUGGACGCGGACGAUACUAGUGAUGACAAGGUGGUUCAGGUGGUCAAAGAGGCACCUCGUAUGUCGGCACCUGCGGGGUUCCCUCCCUUGGAGAGUAGUGAGGAAGAGGAGGAGGUUGAAGAGGCACCUCCCUUGGGACAAAGGGAGAUUGAAAUGGAUUCUGAUGCCGAGGAUCCAGCGGCAACCAGCACUCAGUUUUGCUUGCGUGAAUUUGGUCUUCAGCUGAUGGAGUUGUUGCCGCGGGUGUUCCUGGAGCCCCGUAGAGCAAACUUUUGGUGUCCUCAUUUAUUUGGGAACGCUCCCGACUACAGCUAUCAUCGGGACAUCGUUGAGAAGUACUCCACUGGGACGCCGUGUCGUGUCACAGAGAACGACCCCCUGCACAACCGAUUCGGUAGAAGCCAAUGUGCUUUCUACUACAUCGAUUCCGCAAUGUUACCAACCCUCCGUCAUCAUGCGUCAAACAUGACGGCAGUGGAUCUCAUCAACCCGGCCGCAUUUGCUAUAUUCCCAUGUGUUAAUGUGUACAGAAAUAUGAAGAAGGAGAAGGAGAGGGCGUACAGCAAUAGGAGAGGUAACCCGAAUCUGAUUGAUUUCUUGGUAACCAAGCGCCAAUGGCUCAGGCAGAAUCAAUAUGGUGCAAGGCCCCCAACAUAUGCCGGACUUGGGGAAUCAUUGUUGAUUCCAUUCCUCUGCCCCCUUCACACAUUGCCUGACGUUCCUUUGCUAACCCAGGCACGGGCAUGCAAGUAUUGGAAGGACGAAUAUGCGUGGCCACCUCAACAGCGAGAUGGCUGGAAUUAG